CAGGUGACGCAUUUUUUGCACUUUUCCUCUACUGCUGUCAGGCUCCUCAGUCGCGCGGCAACGCGACACGCGAUAACCUGGACUCACACUUCCGUGACUUGGCCACUUCCUUCGCGUAACCCCCUUCCGCAUAUUUUGUUUCGGUUUCACGACUUGUCAUCUCGAUGAGUGCAGCAGCCAAGUUCGCCCAUCUUCCUGAUAUCGACACUGCGGCUGAUGUUUAUGAGACAGAGGAUGUAGUCCCGUCUUCACAACACGACGAUGACUCGAGCGACGAUGAGCUCGGUGCACGAGGACGGGGUCGGGGUGGCGCGCAGGCUGCCAAUCCAGACGAGCUGGACAGAAGCAACCUGAUACCCGCCGACGAAGCCAGCAAGAUGUUCAGGAAAGCCGAGCGUAAACGCCGCGAACGCACGCUGUACAACUACCCGCCCUCGCCGUCCUCCUCGCGCUCCCAAUCGCGCUCGCAGUCGCCCAGCGCGGACCCGCUCGCCCGUGCGCGCAGGCUGCCGCUGCCGGCGCGCCUGCGUGCGCUCCAGGCUGAGCUCACCUCGCUCGAGACGGAGAUCGGGGACCCGACGAACCCGGCGCUGCGCGGGAGCGCGGGUGGGCCGCCUGUGGAUGUGGGCGAGAUGGUGAGGGGCCUUGUGGAUGUGCGUGCGCGGUUGGCGGGGGUGAGGAACCGGAGGGAGGGGAGGGGGAGGCUUGUGGAUGUUGUUGCGGGGGAUGGUGGGGCAGGUGGAGGUGGAGCUGGGGGUAGUGCAGGUGGUGGAGGUGGAGGUAGUGGUGGUGGGGAUGCAGCGGGUGCGGUGGGUGCUGGUGCUACGGGAGGGAGCGAGGACGGGGUGCUUGUGGAUGCCGGGGAUGCGGAGGAGCCGAGGACAGAUGGAAGUGGGGGAGGUAAGAAAGGAAAGGAUGGACCAGCGGAUGUGAGAAGUGUGGUUGAGAUGGAUAGGCGGGUCGGGGAGCUAGAGAAGCUCGUUGGUUCUGCUAGCGCGACGCUAGACGAGUCUACACCGCUCACCCCGCCCCUCCUCCCGCUCGUCAACCGGCUCAGCUCCCAACUAACAUUGCUCACCCAACCGCGCCACAUCGACUCCAUCUCGCGCCGCCUCAAGCUCCUGCUCUCCGAGCUCGAGCGCGUCUCCGCCGCGCAGACCCAGCGGCGCCAGCAAGGCGGCAGCGCCGGUAGCGGCAACCAACAAUCCUCUUCCCAAUCGCAAACAGCCGCGGUCCCCGGCACGCCUCUGCACGACACCCUCCUCCCCCUGCUAACCCGCCUGGGCCCGGCAUUACCGCACAUCCCACACAUCCUUACGCGCCUCCGCACGCUCUCGGCGCUGCACGCGGGCGCGGCCGAGUUCCAGGGGACGCUGUCGUCGCUCGAGGAGGAGCAGCGGCGCACGCGCGAGGCGCUUGAGGCGCUAAGGAGCGCGGUGGAGAGCGUCGAGGGCAGUAUAGAUGCGAAUCGGGCCACGGUCGCGGGCAAUGUGAAGGGUCUGGAUGGGCGGGUGGAUACGCUUCUGGCACGGUUGGAGGAGUUGGGGAGGGGGACGGAGUAGAUUCAGCUUGUCUUGGGGGAUGUUGGUGUCGUUCUGUCGUUGUAAUACCCUGAAUCGAACUUGGUUUUUCU